ACCAUGGCUAUGACCCUGGGUUACUGGGAUAUCCGUGGGCUGGCUCAUCCCAUCUGCCUGCUCUUGGAAUACACAGAGUCGAACUAUGUGGAAAAGACAUACAGGAUGGGGGACGCUCCUGACUAUGACAGAAGCCAGUGGCUGAAGGAAAAAUUCAAGCUGGGCCUGGACUUUCCCAAUCUGCCCUACUUAGUAGAUGGAGCUCACAAGAUUACACAGAGCAAUGCCAUCCUGCGUUACCUUGCCCGCAAGUAUAACUUAUGUGGGGUGACAGAAGAGGAGAAGAUCCGUGAAGACAUUGUGAUUAACCAGGCCACGGACACCAGCAUGUAUCUGGCACACGUGUGCUACAGCCCUGACUAUGAGAAGCUGAAGCCACAAUACUUGCAGGAGCUGCCUGAUAAGAUGAAGCUCUACUCACAGUACCUGGGGAAGCAGCUGUGGUUUGUAGGUGAAAAGAUAACCUUUGUGGACUUUCUUGUUUAUGACAUCCUUGAUCUCAAUCGAAUCUUUGAGCCUAAGUGCCUGGAUGCCUUCCCAAACCUGAAGGACUUCAUGGCCCGCUUUGAGGGCCUGAAGAAUAUUUCUACCUACAUGAAGUCCAGCAAAUACCGUCCUCGACCUCUCUUUGGAAAGGAGGCCACGUGGGGCAAUAAAUGA